AAAAAUCAGACUUUAUUGUGACUUUUGUGAGCAUAGUAAACCACCAUUUGUAUCAAUGGCAAUCCAUCAACAUUCCCUGUCAUUGAAAACAAAACUUUAAAUAUUGGCAGUUACACUUACAGUGAAUGGGACAGUAUGCAGAAGGGUCAUUCAUUGAACUAGUAAAGUUCUCCCGUUGAAAGAAUUGAGAAAACCCUGGAGGCUUAGAGAUUGGCUCUCAGAACCCUUUCAAUUGAGAUGUGAAGAGCAAUUGUGAAGCAAGUCAAGGACCUGUAUUCUCUUAGUUUAGACUCAAGUUCUCCUUUUAGUGGAGUCUUUCUACAGUAGAUGAUGCACAUGUACAGUUGGAUAGUGAUUCAGUAGAUUUCAGAAAAAAGAAAAAAAAACUGUCUUAUUCUAAAAGGUUAGCUAUUUGCCAGGUUUCAUAGUUACCGAAUCCAUCAUCAUCUCCAUUAGCAGUGCACUCAUCUCAUUCCUGUAAUCCAUCUGGUUACCAUGGUAAUAAUCAGCAUGUGAUGUAAUAUAUGUCCGAUGGGGCAAGUGUGCCCAGCCAGUACUCCAUCCCAGCAGUAUGUACCUACUAACUGCCAAGGUGUGUCCACCAGUACAACCUAUGAAAAGAGAAAGAUUGAGACAAAUCAGCCAUGUGUGGAAUCCCGACUGAUAUCACGAGGGGCGUCGUGUACUCAAGAUGAUAUAAGACGCUCACUAAGGAAGGAGAAAGAAUUGCAGAAAACAUCCCUAAGAUCCGGCAAUAUAUCAGAGGGCAAUAAAGAUGAUGAAUGUCUGCAUCCCAAGCACAGGCAUUCAUCACGAUCCAUUCAGAAUCCAAGCAUUGAAAGACAUAGACCUGAUGGUCAAGACUCACUCAGGAAUAAAGAACAUCGCGAGAAAGACAGGAAAGCAAAGAAACAUCAGCAUCACAAACAUGGGCAUGAUGAUGCCCUCCAAGUAAUCCGAGAUGAAUUUGAACAGUUUGAGCGCACACAUCAUCAUGAAACACAAAGAAACCAUCAAUACCAUAAAACGCAUUUACUUCAUCAAAAAGGUGCAGUAUUGCAUGUAGAGUCACAGGUUGUAGCCAAGCAAAAAGUGUCAGCAAGACAACGAAAGCAUGAUCCCCAACAUCAUCAUCAACAUGAUAAGGUUGUUCGGCAAGAGAAUGAAUUCAAAAUUGCAGAAGUGAACAGAAAAGAGCGUGAUAAAUUCAGACAUAGUCCUCAUGUUGCGUACAGCUCCCAGAAUGAACAUAAUGCCAAAAUUAGUGCAAGAAAGACCCAUCUGCCAAACAAUAGUCAGAGCAAAAGGUCUUCUGAGAAAUCGCAGAAAGAAUGGUCUAACAGAAUGGAGGCAGAUUCUUCAAGAAGUUCUGUGAAAACAAAACAAAAAGAGAAAUCAGCUAGAGGGUCACAAAGAACAAGAAAACUAGAAGAUCCUGUUUAUAGUUUACCUCCCAUUAUCAAGUAAUCAAAAAGCACAAAUAUAUUACCUUGAAAGUAGUAUGCUUCGAUCAUCGGUUAAACUGCAUUUAUUCAUAUUGCAUCUAAAAAGAUACAUCUAUGAGGUAUUAAAGAUUUUGAAUUGAAUUUUACUUUUCAUCCUAAAAGGAGGCUCAAAAUAGUCUGGAAUUUCAGUUUUAAUAUCCAUACCAUUAUUCAGGACUUUUAUCAUUAAUUUUUAAUAGGUUUGAAUGUUCAUAUCAAAUGUAAUGACAAUUUCUUUGAAAAUUGGAUCACAACAGAUCUAAAGUCCUUCCACUUCUUUGAUUCUUGGCUAAAGAAUAAUUGCCGAAGUCACUUACUUCCACCAUGAUUAGCAGGUCAUAUGAGUGUGUAUGAAAAGUCAGGUUUUGUUAAUAUCCAACUCUUGCAACACUUAAAAAACUUUAAUAAUUGUAAUUUCAGAAAAAUGUACUAGCAGUUUAUGAUUACUGUUUCCAUACUGUAAUUAAAUUAUUGCUGAUUUUCUUUUUCUUCACCUUUUUUAUUUUCAUUUCAAUUUAAAAAAUGGGGUCCAGUGUAAUUACAAGAUAGUGAUUGAAUUCAAGGAAAUUCCAUAAGACAAUCAUCCCAUUGGUAUGUCCAACUCUUAUUUUUCUCAUUGCUUUUUGUAAUCUGCUUGUUUUUAAUAAUAUUUUUAGAGCAUUACAGCUUUCCAUAUGAACAAGAAAGUAGAGACAAGCCAUUUCUGGAAGGUCACACGUAUAGCGGUUGAGGGGGUUGGAGGUACAUAGUUUAUAGACUCGAACUUUUCCAAGUGUUUUACAGACCAGACCAAGAAAAUUAUUUGUACUUUCAUGCUGAAAUUCAAAUCGUAGUACAAUCAUUAUGCAAUAUGUAUAUGUAUGUCCAUAACUGAUUUAAAAAUGUAUUCAAUUUUCAUGCAUUUAACUACAUAUAUCAAGGAAUUUGAUAUUAAGUAUAUAUGUGAAUGUUUUCCACAACUGAAAUUUGAUUUCAAUCAUAUUUCUGUUUAUAAUUACAUAUGACAGAAACUGAAAUUCAUUUAAUUUAAAUUUCCAUCCUUUCAAUACUUAUUAACAUAUUUAUUUUAUUCAAUAUAAAUAUUAAGAAGUAUUAAUAUCAAGGGAUAUUUAUAAACCAUCAAACUAACAGUGUUUAUUACUAGCCAUUCUUGCCCACUAUAAAGAAUUAUAUUCAUCUAUCAGUGCAUGUACAUACAGAUUUGUGUAUCUUACCAACUUUAUUGCAACAAAACAUGGUAUUAAUAGCUGUGUUAUAAUUUUGUGGUAUUUUACUUGAUUGUUUUAAAAUGUUGAUCCUAGAUUGUAUUUUUUCAAUAAACUACAGUAUAGCAAGUAGUUUCCCAAAAUAUCACUCUUACCACUGUAGACAAGCUGAUGAUUUUUUUUUUACUUGUACAUGUACUUCGCAAAACAUGUCAGAAACAAAUAUAAACAAAAACUGAGCUAAAUAAGAGGGCAUGAUAAAAUUGACACUCUGCUUGUGUUUUUUUUUUUAUUCUUUCUUGCAUUUUUUGUGAAUAGCAAGUAAAUAAACUUCAAUCUGUAAUUAGUGUUAUGCUAAAAUUCCAUUAAAUUCAAUUAUCAAAAAUAUUUUGUGGUAAUACCAUUCAUCUUAUCAGUAGCUUCACAUUUUUUCACUUGUAUGAUGUAGGCCUAUAUAAAUUUAGGAAGAUAGAUGCAAUAAUGCUCAUAGUUUGCUACAUAUUUUAGCUAAAGUAUUUGUUCUUGCUGUUGAUAGAUGACUGUAGAUGUUUGUAUAUACUAUGUCAGUGUAAAUACUUUUUAGCCUCGUAUUAUGCCAGAUAUUAAAUGGCUAUGCUGUCAGUCACAAAGGGAAGAUGGUGAAUUUGAUUUGAAAAAAGGGUUUAUUAAAAUCAAUUUUGAUAAGAACUACAUGUUUUGUCAAAAUCUGUUCAAAUUUUGACUUAAUAUAAGUAAAUACACAUGCAUUGCAUAAUAUGAUCUGAAAUUUGCUUCAAUUUUGGCAAUUAAUAGACUUACUGAAGGUUGAAUAGUACUGCAGACUGCUAAAUAAUGAAAUGUCAAUGUUAUUAAAUACAUGUCUCUUUAUCAUCAUUCUGUGGUGAUCUCCAAACUGGCAUUAUUUCAAAAUAGCAUAUAGUUUUAAAGGUAAUUUUCCCUAUGUUUUGAAAAAAAAAGUAUCAAAUUUAUUCCUUAUCUUUAAAGGUACAGCUCAAGAUAUAUCCCUGAAAAUAUUAACACAACACAUUUUGAUUUCACAAAUAUAUGACAUAAAAAUAGACCUCAUGAUGAAUAUAUUGCCUUUCAUGUAUGAAGCAUCUGAAUUGUUCAAGCUUAUACAAUCUUGACCAAAUCAUCCCCUUUAAUUGAAUAUAUGUAAACAAGGCCCAGAAGUGAUGUGUAUAAUGUCAUCUCUAAAUGUGCAUAUAUUGAGUGUUUUUACUCCAAUCAUUCAUUGCAAAAUACAUGUGUUUCAAAGAGCAAGGAAACUUUAGUAAUAUUUAUGAUGUAUGUACUGGUAAAACAUGGCCAAAUCUCAUGUAAAAGUUUUAUGUUGAGUGUACUAAAUACUUCUUACUACAUAAAACAUUUUUGUGUAUAAUAUUUGAAAUUGAAUUUUGUCAGUCCAGCACUCUUUUAAUGACAUUUGUACAUUAAAAAGCAUUCGCACUUCCAUUUGCAAUAAAUUUCAGUCAUUAAGAUA